AGAGUUGUAAGCGAAGAGGUAGAGCGUGCUUUGGCCAAGUUGGGUCCUGCUAGAAUUGAAGGAAGGUCCUCUCCCAAAAGAAUAGAAGGCCCUGAUGGGACAAAUCUUCAGCUUCAAUUUAGAAGCAGGUUGUCUCUCCCACUCUUUACUGGUGGAAAAGUAGAAGGCGAGCAUGGGGCAGCUAUACAUGUUGUGCUGCUGGAUACCAACACUGGUUGUGUUGUCACUUCGGGACCUGAAUCAUGUGCAAAGCUGGAUGUUCUUGUGCUUGAGGGUGAUUUCAAUAAAGAGGAAGAUGAGGGUUGGACAGAAGAGGAGUUUGAAGGUCAUAUUGUCAAGGAGCGUGAAGGGAAAAGACCUCUCUUCACUGGUGACCUUCAGGUGACUCUUAAAGAAGGUGUUGGAACCAUAGGGGAGCUUAUCUUCACUGACAACUCCAGCUGGAUAAGAAGCAGGAAAUUCAGACUUGGGCUCAGGGUUGCCUCUGUUUUUUCUGAAGGUAUUCGUGUUAGGGAGGCGAAGACAGAAGCUUUUACUGUUAAGGAUCAUAGAGGGGAAUUGUACAAAAAACACUACCCUCCUGCUUUGAAGGAUGAUGCUUGGAGAUUAGAGAAGGUUGGCAAGGAUGGUGCAUUCCACAAGAAGUUAAAUGGAAGCGGAAUCUAUACAGUUGAAGAUUUUCUUCGGCUUCUUGUUAGGGAUCAACAGAGGUUGCGAAGUAUUCUUGGCAGUGGCAUGUCAAAUAAGAUGUGGGAAAGCCUUGUUGAGCAUGCAAAGACUUGUGUCUUAGGUGGAAAGCAUUAUAUAUAUUAUGUGAACGAUCCAAGAAAUGUCGGUGCAAUAUUCAAAAACAUAUACGAGUUCACUGGCUUGAUUGCUGAUGAUCAGUUCAUUUCAGCUGAAAAUCUCACGGACAACCAAAAGGCUGAGAUUUGCGACAUCAUGGGUGCCGGCGGCAGAAUGAGGGAGAAGGAGAGGGAGAAGCAGGAGCUGCUCAGUCGCGCUGGCGCCGGUGAGAUCUUCCAGCAUGCGCCGACGGACAUGCCGACAUUCACGCUGGCCCAGAUCAAGAAGGCAAUCCUGCCUCACUGCUUCCAGUGCUCGGUGAUCAAGUCCUUCUGCUAUGUGGUCUAUGACCUCGUCAUUAUCGCGUUCCUCAUGUACGCCGCGUUGGUCUGGUUCCCAGCACUCCUGAGCAUGCAACAGCUGAGCGCCUGUCCGCUCUACUUGGUCAUGCAGAGCUGCAUCAUGAACGGCAUCUGGGUGGUCGCCCACGAGUGCGGCCACUACGCCUUCUCCGACUACUUGCUGCUCGACAAUAUGGUCAGAAGGUUACAGAUGCCACAAGGCUUGCCUAACAAGGAUGGGUUCCCUGAAAAGGAAGGCUUCCCAACCAAAAGGUACAUGGUGGCUCAUGAAAUAGAUGCACUAGCUCAAUCAUCAGAUCUUGGUGAUGUAAUGAUGCUUGGCUAG